AUGAAAGCUAUGCGGGCUUUAUUUGUUGCGGAAAAAAAUGAUGCAGCGAAGAAUAUUGCUUCUAUAUUAUCUCAUGGAAAAUUAAGUCGGCGUGAUUCAAGAAGUAAAUGGAAUAAAAUUUACCAAUUUCAAGCUGAUGUAUUAAACACUCCAAAUUGUUUUGUAAUAAUGACAUCUGUGUCCGGGCAUCUUUUGCAAUAUAGAUUUCCUGAUUCGCACCGUUCUUGGCAGGAAACGCCUAUACAUUCUCUUUUCGAUGCACCUCUAUAUAAGGAUGUUAUACCUGGAAUGGAAGAUAUUAAGCGAACUCUUAUCGAAGAAGUUCGCGAUUCAGAUGUUCUUGUGAUUUGGACGGAUUGUGAUCGUGAAGGUGAAGAUAUUGGUGCGGAAAUAGUUAAUAUAUGCAAUGUUGUAAAACCAAAGUUGGAUGUCUUUCGUGCGAAAUUUUCUGAGAUAACGCAGAUUGCAAUUUGGCAUGCAGUCAAGAAUUUAACCAAAUUAGACCAACAUGUUAUUGAUGCCGUUGAAUGCAGAUCAGAGCUAGAUUUACGGAUUGGUGCGGCAUUUACUCGUCUUCAGACUCUCCAUCUAAGAAAUGUAUUUGCGAAUAUCUUUCAUGAUCAUAAAGAUGUGAUUAGUUAUGGUUCUUGCCAAUUUCCGACGUUGGGCUUCGUUGUGGAAAGAUAUAAAACUAUUCAGGAAUUUAUCUCUGAAAAAUUUUGGAGAUUGGUUGUCAAACAUGUACGGAACGGUGUUGAUGUAGAAUUCAACUGGGAAAGACAAAGGGUAUUUGAUCACGAUGUUGUACAGGCUUUACUUGAUGAUUGUACAGAUGCAGGUCGAGCUUCUGUUGUUUCAGUUAUAUGCAAACCAAAAAGUAAAUGGCGGCCUGUUGCAUUGGAUACUAUUGAAUUAGAAAAAAUUGCCGUUCGGAAAUUGAAACUGAAUGCGAAAAACGCAAUGUCUAUUGCAGAGAAGUUGUAUAGUCAAGGAUUUAUUUCUUAUCCACGAACGGAAACGAAUAAAUAUCCAGCAAACUUCGAUUUGCGUCCACUUGUUCAGUCGCAAGUAGCAAAUAGUGAUUGGGGUGAUUUUGCCCAAGCAAUUUUGGCGAAAGGUCCUAAUCCAAAAAAUGGCACAAAAUCAGAUGAUGCUCAUCCGCCUAUCCAUCCUUUGAAAUUUGCUUCUACUGACAAUCUUGUCGGUCUGGACUGGGCGCUUUAUGAGUUAAUUGUUAGGCAUUUUCUCGCUUGCGUUUCUUGGGAUGCAACAGGCAACGAAACCAAAGUUCAAAUACGAAUUGGUGAUGAAAAUUUUGUUGCAACUGGUUUAAUAGUUGACGAUCUUGGUUAUCUGAAAAUUUAUAAAUAUGAAAAUUGGGGCGAUAAAUUAUUACCCCAGUAUCAGCAAAAUGAAAUAUUGAAUGAUUAUCAGAUCUCUAUUAAUGAAGGGCAAACUCAGCCUCCUUCAUUAUUAACUGAAGCCGAUCUCAUCGCAUUGAUGUAUAAAUAUGGUAUCGGAACUGAUGCAACUCACGCGGAACAUAUUGAGACGAUAAAAUCACGGCAGUAUGUUAUUAUAGAUAAAAAUGGUCGCUUUUUGCCGGGUUAUUUAGGUUUAUCGCUUGUUGAUGGCUACGACAGAAUGGGUUACGCAAUGAGUAAACCGCAUAUGCGCGCAGAUCUUGAAUCAAAUUUGAAGCUCAUAUGUGAAGGGAAAAAAAGUAAAGACGAAGUAUUACGUGAACAACUAGCGAAAUAUAAACGUAUAUUUGAACAGUCAGAGAUAAAAGUAAAAUUACUAUCAGAUACUUUUCGAGAAUAUUUGAAUAAACAGCAAGAAAAUCAAAAUAAUGAAUUAAAUGAUGAACAGAAGCGCUCCACUCCCAACACAGAACGACGAAAAAAGAAAGGAGCAGGUGAUGCAAUGUCAACUACUGGGAGAAAAAAUCGAGGAACUGGACGACAAAUUCGAAAUCAUCGUGAACGAUCUUCCGAAGUAGCUACAACCAAUUUAAAUGAUGUAGAACUUCUUGAAAGUAAUUUUCAUUUUUUUUUCUUUUGCUUUUUACCACUGUGCUUUCUGUGCUCUUUGUUUCAGGGUCCAAAUCAUGGUCGUUAUUUUUGGACUUGUCGAAAGAACAGGAAUGAUCCCGCAAAAUGCAACUUUUUCGAAUGGGAACCACGAUAA